AUGCCGAACAGCAACAGAGGACUGAUUGGGCUUCCCCUCAAGCCCGUUCAGAGUCGCACGGCGCUUGCCUUGUCUGCAAUUCAAGAAGAGCGAGCGAGUCUCGACACUGUGUCGCAAGCGGACCCCGUUACAACCACCAAGGCGGCCCCUGUUGCAACCACCAAGGCGGCCUCGGUUGCAACCACUAAGGCGGCCUCGGUUGCAUCCACCACGUCAUCGAGUCCUCUGACCACAGUGUCUUCGUCAAAGUCGGACUCGAGUCCGGUCCAAUCUCAAUCAGUUUACUCGCUUCUAUCAGCGUCAGCUAAUGUCAGGGCAUGUUCUGUCGCCAAGUUUAAGGGUGUACAGAGUGCGGCUACAAGAAUGUUGAGAGCACAAUCGGCUCGGACAAACUCCACUUUCAUGACCAGUGUCAAAGCACAAAAGUCGGUCAAGUCAAAGGAUGUAAAGUCGAGCUUGGAACGAACACACUCGGCCCCUUGCUUUGAUGAACCUACUACUACUGCUGCUGCUACAUGGCAGCCGUCGCCUAGAGAAAUGUCGGAGGCGCUUUCGCUGUCAUGUUUUAACGAGUCUCUUAUGGACGAGACGGUCAAGCAGACACCGGAAGAAGAGCAAACCACAAGGAAGACCGUGUCACUUCGGUCACGGCCUUUGCCGACCUUUGACGACUUGCUUGCAUCCGACACUACUUCACAGGAGACAAAAGACGGGCGGGAACCUCGCAUGGCUGGCACACGGGUUGCUUCAGACCCUACCGCACUGAAGCCUCGUUUAAAAUCGUCCACAUUGUCGCCUUCGGAUGAACAAUGGACGAAUAUUGAGGCACUAAACAAACAACGGGAGUUGACCGUAACUGAUGAGAAGGGCAAACUAAAACGUUCGAAAUCGUUUACCAAAUCCGACAAGCGAAACAUUGGUCCUCAUCUAUUCCUUGAGAACUAUCUCACUCGCGAGCGCGCGUCAUCAUUUAACGGGACUAAAGGACACAAUGAUGGAGAAAUUCCUAUUCUUGAAGAUCGACGCUCGAGAUCGUUGUCUGACUCGACGUCAGCUAUGCUGAAAAUAAAGAAACGAAAGUCAACUUUGCGCCUCCGUCACUACGAAGGCAAUUUCCUGAAUCGACGAGGUCAGAGUCUCUUUUACUUUGCGCUUUUCCCUCCAAAAAAGAUGGCAAUGCGUGGGAUUGUGCUACACUUGCAUGGUAUGGGUGACCACUGUCGACGGAAUAAGGCUCUCUACGAACGGCAUUGCAAGGAAGGUUUCGGUGUAAUUACUUACGACCUGCUGAAUCACGGAGAAAGUGAGUUUGACAAGUACAACAUACGCGCGCACAUUAGCAACUUUGAAGAUUUCGUUGACGACACGAAUGACUUUAUCACGUUUGCAAAGAGCUCCAUCUACAAGAUUGCACUUCGGUACUGGCGGAAGCACCUUAAGCCUGUUCACCCGCACGGAAGAGAGAAAGAGCGCGAGACCCUACCAGAACUACCGCUUAUCAUUUCUGGAGCUUCGUUUGGCUCUCUUAUUGGUAUCUACACUAUCCUUUCAGGUGAGCAUAAGUUUCAUGCUGCUGUCUGGGCUUCGCCUGUAAUUGGUGUAGCGUGGACACCAGUGCUAUGGGCUCAGUGGAAAUUUACUCGUGCGCUGAUUGCAGCGCUCCCAACGGUGAAGGUUAUUCCUGCAGUGCAGCACCAUCUCCGGUCACGUGACCCCAAGUUUUUGAAAAAGUAUCAGGAUGAUCCUCUGACUUGCAGUGAUAUGAUUACACCGCGCAGUGGCUACCAAUCUCUUCAUGCCAUGAUGCGACUUCAACGGGAAAAGAGAGUCUCAGAUGCAGUCAACCCUUUUUGUGGAAUUUCAAUGCUGUUUCUCGCUGGGUCAGACGACCGCGUUUCCGACCAGCAGGCAGCGAUAAAGUUUUACAAUCGAAUGGAAAGCCCGGACAAGGAGUUCAAGCUUUUCGACGGUUUGUAUCACAUGAUCUAUGAGGAACCCGAGAAAGAGGAGGUUUUCAAGUAUCUAGUGAACUGGUUGCACAAGAGAUUUCCACUUGAGACUCGACACCCAAACAAUUCUCAUUUAAAAGAGAGCUAA